AUGGUUCCUGGUCUACCCACCGUGAAGAAGAAAAACGAGGCCAGCAGUUUGGGGAGUGGCGUCAAGUUGGCCACACUGAUCAGAGUCCCCAAAAGCGAACGAACAACAGUGCAUAAAAACUUGAUCUUCGCCUUGGCUGCUGCAGAAGCCUUGUUAAUGUUCAGUGAAUUGGCCAAGAUCAACCAGGGUGUUUGCUUCGCGGUCACCGCCUUUCUCCACCUCUUCUUCAUGGCGGCCUUUGCUUGGAUGUUGGUGGAAGGUCUUCUGCUGUGGAGCAAAGUGGUGGCCGUCAACAUGAGUGAGGAUCGGAGGAUGCGGUUCUACUAUGUGACCGGUUGGGGGCUUCCUGUGCUGAUUGUUGGCGUCACCUUGGCCACUUCGUUCAACAAUUACGUGGCGGAGAACCACUGUUGGUUGAAUGUCCAGACAGAAGUCAUCUGGGCUUUCGUGGGACCUGUCCUCUUUGUCCUAACAGUCAACACCUUUGUGCUGUUUCGGGUGGUGAUGGUGACUGUCUCCAGUGCACGGCGUCGGUCGCGGAUGCUGACUCCCAACAGCAGUCUGGAGAAACAGAUUGGGGUUCAAAUCUGGGCCACCACCAAACCCAUCUUGGUGCUGCUCCCUGUCCUGGGCCUCACCUGGGUGUGCGGCAUCCUCGUCCACCUGAGCGUGACUUGGGCUUACAUCUUCAUCAUGCUGAACUCCCUCCAG